AUGUCGUCUAGUGAUAGUGACAGUGAUUUGGAACAUUUAAUUCAGUUAUCCGACUGGGAUACUAAUUCUAGUGACGAUGAUAGUGACAGACAACGCGUUAGUUCACGGAUAAUAAGAAGGGUUAAUUACAUGCAGACGCUAGAUGAUGCAGAGUUCACUUUCAGGUUUCGACUUACAAAACCUGCCUUCCAAUUAUUAUUGACUGAAUUAAUUCCCUUUGUUCGGGUAACCUCAAAAAAGAAUUAUGGCGUGUCUCCUCUUCAUCAACUUCUCUUGACACUCCGGUUUUAUGCUCUCGGCACUAUGCUAAUUUCUGUGGCAGACUUUGUUGGAGUCUCAAAAUCAACUGCUGGUAGAAUCAUGAGAGACAUGUCAAGAGCCAUAGCCCGAUUGUAUGACAAGUAUAUUUUUGUACAUCAGGAAGGUGCAGAAAAUUUUUAUAGGAUUGCUGGCUUUCCUCGUGUCCUGGGUGCAAUUGACUGCACACACAUUCGCAUACAAUCUUCAUGUCAAACAAUAGGUGAAGAGUUCAGGAAUCGUAAAGGUUACUUUUCUUUAAAUGUUCAAGCUGUUUGUGAUGCUGAACUGAUGUUGAUGAAUGUUGUAGCUCGUUGGCCAGGUUCCACUCAUGAUGCAACAAUAUUCAAUAAUUCUAUACUGAGAGCUCAAUGUGAUGCCGGUGAUUUUGGAAACAGAUGGUUGCUUGGUGACAGUGCUUAUCCAAACAGAUCAUAUUUGUUGACUCCACUAUUAAACCCAGUUACAGAAGCAGAGAUUCGUUACAAUGAAUCACAUAUUAAAACUAGGAAUACUAUUGAACGCACAUUUGGAGUUUGGAAACGCCGCUUCCCAGUGGUAGCACUGACAUUAAGAGUGUCAAUAUCAAAUGUGCAUGCUAUAAUAAUAGCUACAGCAGUUUUGCACAACAUGUGUAGAAACCUGAAUCUACAAGAAAUCCCACCAGAAGUUGAGCUGCCACCUGCUGACAAUAUAGAAAACAGUGGUGCACAAAACAUGGUUGUGCUAGAUAUGCAACAUCGAUCAGAUCUUAUAAAUAAUUACUUUACUGGAGAUAGGGAUCAAUCUAAGAUUGGUAGCGAUCUUGGAUUGUGGAUACGUUAUUAA